CCCCACUUCUCUUGUUUUCCCAGGAUUACCCCUCCCCUUAUCCACAAACCCUCCCCCAUUUUCUUUUCCUCCAUAAAUAGAAAACCCCCUAAUACAGCUGCUCAACCCCGAAAAUUUACAACUCACUCUCACUCUGCUACCUCAAAAGCAAACCAAAAAAAAACAAGAAGAAGCUACUUUUCCGGUCACCGGAGGAGAACCAGUUAAGCCCUGAAAAUGUCGAAAGAAGUUGGGGAAGAAGGACAAGUCCGGAAGGACUACACGGAUCCACCACCGGCACCCCUGUUGGACUUUGGGGAGCUGAAGCUGUGGUCCUUCUACCGUGCCCUCAUCGCCGAGUUCAUCGCCACCCUCCUCUUCCUCUACGUCACCGUCGCCACCGUCAUCGGCCACAAGAAGCUCAACGCCGCCGACCAAUGCGACGGCGUUGGCAUCCUCGGCAUCUCCUGGGCCUUCGGGGGAAUGAUCUUCGUCCUCGUCUACUGCACCGCCGGCAUCUCCGGUGGGCACAUCAACCCGGCGGUCACCUUCGGGCUGUUCCUGGCAAGGAAGGUGUCGCUGAUAAGAGCGGUGGCUUACAUGGUGGCCCAGUGCUUGGGAGCCAUAUGUGGAGUUGGGCUGGUCAAGGCUUUCAUGAAGCACUUCUACGAUGGGUUGGGCGGCGGCGCCAACUUCGUACAGCCCGGUUACAACAAGGGCACCGCCUUGGGAGCUGAGAUCAUCGGAACUUUUGUUCUUGUCUACACUGUUUUCUCCGCCACUGACCCUAAGAGAAGCGCCCGUGACUCUCACGUCCCCGUGUUGGCUCCACUCCCAAUUGGGUUCGCGGUGUUUAUGGUGCACUUGGCUACUAUUCCGAUCACCGGAACUGGGAUUAACCCGGCGAGGAGCUUUGGAGCUGCCGUCAUCUACAAUCAGGGAAAGAUCUGGGAUGACCAUUGGAUAUUCUGGGUUGGACCAUUCGUGGGAGCAUUGGCAGCGGCGGCAUAUCACCAGUACAUCUUGAGAGCUGCUGCCAUCAAGGCCCUUGGUUCUUUCCGCAGCAACACCUCCAACUAGAUCCCCGCAGCCGCCGCCACCACCACCAUUAUUCUGCAUCUUCAAAUUCACCACCAACCAAUCAUCCUUGAGAUCAUUUGAACCUUCCCCUCCCCCCUCCGCCCUUGAAAGUAUUUUCGUUUGCUCUGAAUUCUUAUCCUGUUAAUUAUUAUUACAUUACUAUUAUCAUAGAAGUUUAAAUCUUCUGGCUUCUUUUGUUGGUGGUUGAUGUGUAUUAAUGUGGAAUGACGAUGAUUAUUAGACUGUGAGUUAGUAGUUACUCUGUGCGUGUUUGUUGUGGUUUGGUAUCUGAUGUUAAGGGAUGGCAUUGGCAUAUGCUUUGGGUUUCGUUCAUUCAACCUUUGCUGCGCCUUUUAACCCAACAUUUCCUAACUGAAUACCAUAGUCUCGAAACAAUUACCAUCCUGCAGAAACAAUAUAAUUCGCUCUCCAUACAUAAUAAUAAUUCUCAGGUUACAGUUUGGUCUUGUCCUCUAAAAGAGCUACUAACAGGUUUAGGAUCUGGGAAUGAAGGAUUUGGGGGGAAUUGUGUUACAUAAGAAGCAAGACCAUCAUAAAAGAGGGGAACCCGAAAAUCUACUUCCGAUCAUCAUCGUUAUCACUGGCGGGGCCAUGAAAUAUUUAAUAAUUAUUCAUUCCCAUAAUUAGUUUUUGUUUUUAUUCUCAAGACAGCUCAUUUCAAGAAAUUAAAAUUUUUUUAAAAAAAAAAGCAAAAAGAAGAAACGGUAACCUUGAAGUUGAUGAGACUUGACCACGGUUUUGUUACCUUGAUCAGCGCGAUUUCAGCGUGGUAAAGAGAAUGGAGAAAAAGGAAAAGAAAGAUGCUCUCUUUCUAUGUUUUCAGUUAGAUUACCUUGUUUUAAAUCUCUUCUCAGGUGGUCCAUGCUACCUUGUACAUAUUAUAUAUAUAUAUAUAAAGAGGG